GCCCUUCCACGCCAUUGUGGGCAGAGACAUGACCGUCCACGUGAUGCCUUGCUCCCCCCGCUCCUCCCGACUGAGGAGGAAGAGCAGAGAGGGGAGGGGGCGCGAGGCAAGGAAAGCUCUGGGGGUGGGGGAAGGGGGGCGGUGUAAGGCUGAGUGAUUUCCUUCCGGCACGUCGCCCGCUCCAUGGGAGGGGGUGGGGGGUUUCACUUCCGGGACGGUGUUCCGGCCCAUUCCGGCCCAUUUCCACCCCCGGAGCUCUCACCCCUCCAGUGCCGACGGUAGCGAAAGACUUUCCUCCAGGGGCUUCCUCACUGGGGAAUUGCCGGAAAGAGCAAACAAAAAAGGCGCUGGUGUAGGCUCCAAAAUAAACACAUCUGAAUUCAUGAUGGCAUCGACAGAGGCUCUUAUUGGAUUAAAAGUUUCAAAACAAACAAUAACGCUUUGGAAAAAGGGUUGAAUGCACCCUCAGGCACGACCAUGGAGAAAGGUGGGAACAUACAAUUGGAGAUUCCUGACUUCAGCAACUCUGUCCUGAGCCAUCUAAACCAGUUGCGCAUGCAGGGCCGUCUCUGUGAUAUUGUGGUCAAUGUGCAAGGACAAGCUUUUCGGGCUCACAAAGUGGUGCUGGCUGCCAGCUCCCCCUAUUUCCGGGAUCACAUGUCCUUGAAUGAGAUGAGUACAGUCUCCAUUUCAGUCAUCAAGAACCCUACUGUUUUUGAACAGCUCCUUUCUUUCUGUUACACAGGGCGGAUAUGCCUGCAACUGGCAGAUAUCAUCAGCUACCUAACAGCUGCCAGUUUUCUGCAAAUGCAGCAUAUUAUAGACAAAUGUACACAGAUCCUGGAGGGCAUUCAUUUCAAAAUUAAUGUGGCUGAAGUUGAAGCAGAAUUAAGUCAAACAAGGACAAAGCAUCAAGAGAGACCUCCAGAGUCUCACAGGGUUACACCAAAUCUCAACCGCUCCCUUAGCCCACGACAUAAUACCCCAAAGGGAAACCGGCGAGGUCAGGUUAGUGCUGUGCUGGAUAUCAGAGAGCUAAGUCCUCCUGAGGAGUCCACCAGCCCUCAGAUCAUUGAACCAAGUUCUGAUGUAGAGAGCCGUGAGCCCAUUCUUCGGAUCAACCGAGCAGGACAGUGGUAUGUGGAGACAGGAGUGGCUGACCGUGGGGGUCGGAGUGAUGAUGAAGUUAGAGUUCUUGGAGCAGUACACAUCAAAACUGAAAAUCUGGAGGAGUGGCUUGGGCCUGAGAAUCAGCCUUCUGGAGAAGAUGGGAGUAGUGCAGAGGAAGUAACAGCCAUGGUGAUUGAUACCACAGGCCAUGGUUCUGUAGGACAGGAAAAUUACACUUUAGGGUCUUCAGGAGCCAAGGUGGCUCGGCCAACAAGCAGUGAAGUUGACAGAUUUAGCCCCUCCGGCAGUGUUGUUCCCUUGACAGAGAGACACAGAGCCAGAAGUGAGUCUCCUGGGAGAAUGGAUGAGCCUAAGCAACCCAGCUCCCAGGUAGAAGAGUCAGCAAUGAUGGGAGUAAGUGGCUAUGUGGAGUACCUCCGAGAGCAGGAAGUAUCUGAGCGGUGGUUCCGGUACAACCCUCGUCUCACCUGCAUCUAUUGCGCCAAAUCAUUCAACCAGAAGGGAAGCCUGGACCGCCACAUGCGCCUACACAUGGGGAUCACACCAUUCGUCUGCCGCAUGUGUGGCAAGAAGUAUACCCGGAAAGAUCAGCUGGAGUAUCAUAUCCGCAAGCACACAGGCAACAAGCCCUUUCACUGUCAUGUCUGUGGCAAAAGUUUCCCCUUCCAGGCCAUCUUGAAUCAGCACUUUCGCAAAAACCACCCUGGCUGUAUACCCCUGGAGGGGCCUCACAGCAUCUCCCCUGAAACAACUGUCACAUCUCGAGGACAAGCUGAGGAAGAGUCACCUUCACAGGAAGAGACAGUUGCUCCUGGGGAAGCUGCCCAGGGCUCUGUGUCCACCACUGGGCCAGAUUGAAACAUCCAGCGGGAGGGGGCUGACCCUCUUCCCCUUUGAGCCAUAAGCAGCCAGCAUCAGAGCCAUGGGCUGAUACUUAGAUUCACAAAAUGCCACAUCACUAGGCCAGAAGAUGCUCCCAAGAUGUUGCCAAACUGGAGGAUCAGCAACAUAUACAAAAGCACUAAAGGCUCCUCCCUUCUUAUUGCCCGCCUCACACUUUGGAAAAUAAUCAAGCAAAUCAACUUUCUAAUUCAGGGAUCAACAGCCUUGGUUUGUUAACUUUAUAAGAAAAAAGGUUUUUUAACAAAACGAUGGUGAUAAAUGGUCAUUUAUCUAUCAGUCGUGUUUGAACACUGUACUUUGGUCCAUAUCAUCUUGGUGGCUAUAAUUGCCCAGAUCUAAAAAAUGCAGCAGGAGCCUCAACCAUCUGAAGCAGCCAACCACAAGAGAGGAGGUAGUCAUGAUGGUGAUGAGGAGGAGAAAUUUCUCCUCUUCCUUCCCUGCCAUAACAUGCAUUUUUGUGUUUCAAGAAAAAACAAAUGAAUACCGGUGGUUCUUAUUUUGAAAGGUUAGACUUUAUCUUUCCCCUGACUAGGCAUCUAAUACUUUGCCUGGUUAUUUCAUAUAAUCAGCCAUCUUGAAGCAGUAUUCUAGUGGACAGCAUCACCUGAAGCACUUGGCAACUGGGAGUGAAAUGAGCAGCAAAGUGUAUGCAAUAGGUACUGCUACAUUUGGGGGCUUGAGUGUUGUGUUGAGGAAGAGGAGAGCAGGGAGGGAAGUGUUUAUAUGUUUUGCAAAUAUCAAACAGCACAGAGCCGUUCUGCAACUUCCUGACUGGUAUUUGUAAACCAUAGUGCUACACAUCCUUGGGUAAUGGCUCUAGUUCAGGUGAAUUAAUGUGUUAGGCUGACUACCAAAGUUUCAUCCAGUCUCUUUGGCUCCUAUUUUCACAUUCAGCAAUAUUGUACAUCAAAAAUGUCACUUUCCAGUGAAAUGAGCCUGGAUUGUAUUUUUAAAUCCACUGGUCUCCAUAUUUGAUAACUUUUAUAUGAAGUUUUAAACAUGUUUUUUCUGCAGUAUUGUGGUUGAAGAAAUUCAACUCUAUGGUUCUUACUGCAACCACAAUUUCAUUUCCUUAUAAAUAUGUAAUAGUUUAUAUUUUCAGGCGUAUAGAAGAACCUCACUUAAACAUAACUAUGUCUCGGGUCUGCAAACCUAGUAAUUCAUAAACCAACCAUCAGCAAAUAGCUGGUGACUCCAAGAGCUUUGCUUUUUAAUAAUAUACUACAGGGCACUUAUCAGAAAACAUCAUGCAGAAUCAUGUUGCAAUAAAUGAUCAAAGGAUCAAUUUUGAUCAGGUUUGGUUACUUAGUCAUUCCUAAGAUUUUUAAAACUUCAAGGGACCCUUUUAGUAAUUCUGGGUAUUUCUAAGAUUCUUAAUCCAGCACUGAGAGAAAGAACUUACCAAACAUGUAGAGCUUUAGAUACCCUGUCUUUCAUGCGGUGAGAGAAGGAGGAAUAUUAAGGGAUGCGGGCAAAUAGAUGCUUAUAACUUACAGUGCAAGUUGAAAAAUCUCUAGCUUCUCUUGACGGAGCACUAGUUGUUGGGGUUCUUUUAAGUAUUUAAGUAUGUAAUGGUUUAAGAAAUUGUUUCAGUGCAGAGGCAUAGAUGAUUGUAAAAGAGAUUUGGCAGAGGGGCAGGUCAUACCUGCACUGGUGAACCAUUUGUGAGAAUGUUAGUCAUGUGCUCCUUUCCUGAGAUUGCUUUGUGGUUUGUGAAAAGGUGGGUAGAAAAGAAAGAAAUUUCUCUGAGAUAAGAAAUUAGAAUGCAAAGGGUAGAUCUUAAGCAAUCUGAGAAUUGUACAUGUACAUAAAGCUGCACCCUCUCACAAGAGAAAGAUUAUUUUAUCUUCUGAAAAAGCAUAGAAAUGCAUCUUUUAUGGGAAGAUAAUGAUGCUACCAUUUAAUAAGAGCCUACCCUUAAAGGCAGCAUUGAAACUGUAUUUUGUCUUUAGAAGACAUAGACUGGUGCAUCCUCCGCUUUAGUUAGGCAACAGCAUGAUAGGGAAAAAACUGUCUUCUAAAGCCGUCUUUAGGGACUGGCUAUGCUCUGUGGCAUAGAAAAGGUAAAGUUGAAUUAGACAAAAUCUUUAGGGAAACAACUGGUAAUAAGGUUUUCAGUGGACAGAUUUUGUCAUUACUAAAUAGGCAGUGAGGUGAGAAGUACAGAUUAUGCUGCUUUGGAUGGAGCUUUUAAGCCUACCAAAAAACUUCUAAGUCCAUCCUACUUUUGAGAAAUAGUAUGCUAGAAAGUUCUUUUUUUCUUUUUCUUCUUUGUUGUAUUUUUUAGAGACUGUGUCCUGCUCUUGUCACCCAAACCAGAGUGCAGUGGUGCAAUCAUAGCUCACUGUAAUCUUGAACUCCUAGGCUCAAACGAUUCACCUGCCUCAGCCUCCAGGUAGCUAGGACUAUAGGCAUGCACCAGCGUGUCUAGCUAAUUUUUUAAUUUUUUUGUAGAGACAGUGUCUCUACAAAAUUUGCCUAGGUUGGUCUUGAACUCCUGGCCUCAAGUAAUCCUACCACCUUGACCUCCCAAAGUGCUAGGAUCACAGGCGUGAGCCAGUGAACUUGGCCUGGAGAAAGAAUUCUUUGUUGCUUUGUUAGUUUCUUAGAUUAUAUGUGAGAAAAUGGAGCUUUUUAAACUAUUACCAAAUUUUAAAGGUGAAGUGCAGUAAUUUCUGUAAAGAGAAACUUUGCAGCAUUUGUCAAUUCUCCAUCCAGGGUUAGCAACAAACAAAUGAGGUAAGGACUAUCUCAUUCAUGUGGAAAUGCUAUGAAUGUUUGGUGGGUUUCCCCUCCCUUUUCUUUUCAUUCACUUUAAAUAGCUUUUUCCUAUAUUGAUACUGUGAAUAGGGUGCUUCCUGGUUAUCUAGGACCGCUUUAGCACAAUCAUGUUUGCUGGUUCUCUCAAUUGGCCUAGCCAGAGCCACAAAAUUCAUGAAAAUUUAAGGCAGACUAGCUUUUAAACAAAUUAAAACUUCUGAAAACAAUUUCAGCCUUUUCAUUAGAAGAGAUAUCAUUAUUCUAAAUAACUGUCCAAGAUUCUUACCCACAUACACUGUGACAUUGUCCUAGUUCUUAGCUAACAACACGUUGGUCAUAGGAGUUACUGAUGUUCUAUCUACACACCUAUUGGUGUGUGCAUAGAGGACACCUCUUAAGGAUGUACUAAAUGGACUUUGGUUGAUGUUGAAAAUUAAUUACCAAAUCCUAACUUGCAAGUGUUACCUUGUGAAGGGAACUGCAUUAGCAAUGAGAGCUACAUCAUCAUGAAGUACUUUAAUGCCAUGAAAUUGCAAACACUGGGACUGUUUUCAUUUAUUGAGUGACACUUAGUAGAAAAGGAGCUAUCCAGUAGUCUCAGCAAAGAAGAGAGACAGAAGUAUAUUAAUCUAUUUUCAUUCUAAGAUGUUCCUUUAUUCUCUCUGAACUCUAAUACCAGUAUAAAAUAUAGCAUUGGCAUGAACAGUUAAUGCUGUACUUAGGCAGAAAGGCUCCUUUUAAUGACUUGUUCUCUCUUUACUCAGAACCAUAUUUACCUCUGAACCAAGUUGAAUUUUAUUUUAUCCAAGUUGCAAACUACCCCAUGCCAUUUUUAUUAUAAUAGAGGGUUAAAUCUAAUCUCAAAUACAUAAAGGUAAAUUCAUAGAGGAUAAAGUUUGGGAAUGAAGAGAGCAGUUAAGGAAAAUUUUAUUUUUUGUCAUUUUUUAAAUGUUUCCUGUUCCCUCUACGUCAGUGAAACAAGGUUUUCCAAAGAUGGUUUGAAGAUAGAAAAAACUUUUUCCCCCCAGCUUCAUAGCGGACAUCUGGCAUUGGUUGGAAUUGGUCUGGUGGCAGAGUGAAAUAGGGAACUUCAUUUUUUUCUUUUUUUUCUUAAAGGCAGGAUCUCACUAUGUUGCCCAGGCUGGUCUCAAACUCCUGGGCUCUAGUGGUCCUCCUUCCUCAGCCUCCUGGGGAGCUGGGACUGCAGGCAUGUGACCACACCUGGCUGUAAAUGUCAUUCUUAAUAGCUGAAUAAUCUUUGGUCAAGAAGUAACUUUUCCAGAGUUUUAGCUGUUACUUGACAUUAAUUAUGUUUCUUUUAACUGGUGAAAACUGUGUUUAUUUUGUUUGACUAGACUAUCUAACUUAAAUUAAAGCAAUGGAUAAUGGAAAGGAAAUUGAACAAAGACAAAAGUCUUCUUCAUCAUAGUGGAAAGGCAUUUAAUCAGGAAGAAGUUGGAAUCCUGGAAGUUUUUCUUUUUUACAGGUGCAAGAGGCAUGAUUUUUUUCUCUUCCUAAAAUGUUCUUCCCCUUAUCUGUGUACUUAUUAGUUCAACUGAGUCUUAAUUGAACUUAGUCUUUGGAAAUUGAGCUCUUUAUUUAGGUUAUAUGUGAAAGAGUUUAAAAUAUUGAAAUACUUUGGUUGCUAAGCAGAUCUAGAAAAGGAACAAGCAAUUGUCAGGCAAAUCCCUAGGUUUGAGAAGAUGUCCUCAGCAAAAUAUACCCCUAGGACUUAUGGAAUUAGAUCAGGGUUCAGCAAACAGUAGUUUGCCAAAUGCUGAGGCUACUUGCUUGUGUAAAGAAAAUUAUAAUGGAAUAGGGCCGCACUUGUUUAGGUAUUGUUUAUGCCUUCUUUCUACUAUAAUGGCAAAGUUGAGUACUUGUGACAAAGAUCACAUGGCUGCAAAGCUUGAAAAUACUUACUGUGGGGUACUUGUUAGAAAAAAUUUGCCAACUCCAAGAAAGAAUUACCUCCUAAAGUUGUUACUCAUGACAUUUUGCCUUUGUAAUAGUUUGGUUGAAGUUUUAAAUUCAUGUUGUCUCAUAUACACGUUUUCUUGAAAGAGUUUGCCAACUUUUUCUAGAUCCUCUUCUCAUAACUCUUUUUGUGCUCCUUCAUGGUUCCCAUUGCUUUAAAAGCAUUUAGAAUUGGCCUAUGGUUUGUCCUUGCCUUAAUGGUGCAGGUAUUUUAAAGUUUAGUUGUAAGUAAGUUUUGCCAUUCCUCUGAGUUAACUUGAACUGGUUUGCAUAAUGGUGACAAGAAUGAAUUCUUUCCCAAGUGGAUUAAAAACUAAUUUCAUUAUGAAGAAGUAUUUUGAUUCAUAUCCAAAGUACUGUUUUUCUAGAUUAGAACCCCUACCUUUUCUCUUUACAAUGUAUCUUAAUUUCAACUUCUUUAAACUUACUCUGUUCCAUGUAAAGCAGUAAAAAGCCAAGUUUUUCUUCCUUUUUUCCUGGAUGUUUUGAAACAUAAUGAAACAUCUGAGGAUUUCAAAUUCUUUUUAGUCCUCUCUUCCUAUUUCUGUUAUUGUCUAUAAUUCUUCUAAAUACAUAUUGGACCAUUACAUGUUUGCUUUGUGAAUGUUCAUUCUUAGUGUUCAGAUAGCCUACUUAUACUCAAUGUGGGAAAAAUGGGAAAUGUUAGGGGGUUAAUAAACAGAAAUCCUUGCAGGAAGCCGGGUGUGACAGCAGACACCUAUAAUCCCAGCUACUUGGGAGACUGAGUUGAGAGGCCCACUUGAGGCCAGGAAUUUAAGGACCAGCCUGGGCAACAUUGACCUUAUCUCUAAAACAAAAAAAAAAAUCCUUGCAAUAGAGGAGAAUAAUUGCUUCCCAUUUGGAAAUGAUAGAGGGACUUUCGAAUUAGAUCUAUCUUGACAAAGUUUUCUAGGCCAUGCUGAUACAGUAUAGGGAGUUUGAUUCUGUUGUGAGCUCUGUCAACAUAGACAAAGUUCAGGUGAGUAAGUAGCUUUCUAUAAUAGGGACUCUUCACUAGGUGUUUUAAAGUUGCUGCUUUCUAAUUGGUUAUUAGGAAGUUUUACAUGAUAUACCCUCUGAGUUAAUAGAUAAUCCUCAUCUAUAAAGUUCCAGAAUAUUUGCCUAGGUUAGAUCUCCCCUGGCUUAGAGCAGUUAUACCUAUAGUAACAGUAGGUUUUUGAGAUUUUGGAGUAUUACUUUUCUGAUUAACCUAGGAUUCUGAUUAACCUGGAAUGUGGGACUUGUGAAAGAAAUUGGAUUUUGUUAGCCCAGUGAAUCAUCUGCUCUAUUUGAGGUCUUGGUAAUAGAUGUCAAUUUAAAUAUGCAUCUAUUGAAAGCAAUGGAGUUUUCCAAGCAUUAUGACUUCCUUGAUAAUUUUCAGUCUUAUCUUUUUUCUUAUUUUCUAGUCUCUUUCCCUUUCUUUAGUCUUCUUCCUCUUAAAUGGUGCUUUUUCCAGGGCCAGUCUUUUUACUUUCUAAGCAAGCAGGCUUUUUUGUUCAGGAUAAGCCAGAGUUAGAUAUUAUGAAUACUUUGAAACAUCUGAAUAUGUUACAUUCCAAAGUAUGUAAUUAUUGAUAGUAGGCUGGGCGCGGUGGCUCACGCCUGUAAUCCCAGCACUUUGGGAGGCCGAGGCGGGCGGAUCACGAGGUCAGGAGAUCGAGACCAUAGUGAAACCCCGUCUCUACUAAAAAUACAAAAAAUUAGCUGGGCGCAGUGGCGGGCGCCUGUAGUCCCAGCUACUCUGGAGGCUGAGGCAGGAGAAUGGCGUGAACCCGGGAGGCGGAGCUUGUAGUGAGCCGAGAUUGCGCCACUGCACUCCAGCCUGGGCGACAGAGCGAGACUCCGUCUCAAAAAAAUAAAUAAAUAAAAUUAUUGAUAGUAAUAUCAAAACCUGAAAGAUAUUGGUGCAGAUUAUUCAGUUUUGCUGUGUAGGCAGACUAUGUUUCUCCUCAACUGUGACACACAGCAGUGACUUGAGAAGGCAAAUAUUACUUGAAACCCCCAUUAUCUUUAUAAAGGGUACGUAUAUAAAUAAAUUUCUUACCUGACAUUUUUGCCAUUAUCAAUAUAUCAGUAGCUCGCAUCUUAACAUAGAAGAAGCCCAUUAGCUCAAAUACUGGAAGCUUCAAACAAGAAAGUAAAUUACAAAAGCAAAGCAGUUAAUGAAAAAAACUUGUCUAUUGCCUGCGUCUUUCAUGUCUACUCAAUAGGUCCUGUUGAGGAGGCUAGAAUACACCAUCCAGUUAAGAAAGGGAUUGUUUUGUUUUCUUUAAGACAGAGUCUUGGUCUGUCGUCCAGGCUGGAGUGCAAUGGCUCAAUCUUGGCUCACUGCAAUCUCCACCUCCUUGGUUCAAGCAAUUCUCGUGCCUCAGCCUCCCGAAUAGCUGAGAUUACAGGCGUGUGCCACCAUGCCCAGCUAAUUUUUGUAUUUUUAGUAGAGAUGGGGUUUCACCAUGUUGGCCAGGUUGGUCUUGAACUCCUGGCCUCGAUUGAUCCUCCCGCCUCGGCCUCCCAAAGUGCUGGACUUAGAGGCAUGAACCACUGCACCCAGCCCCAGUUAAGAUAGUUUUAUAUUCAGCAUCUCAUAUGGCCUACACCAUGAUUUAAUAUACUGUGAAUCUUAAGAUUUCAGUUAAUCCGUAAUGCCAGGAGUUAAGGUAUUUCAUGGGAACAUAUUUCCUCUUCUAUGAAAUCACCUGUCUGCAGUGAUAGGUAAUAUAUAAGAGAAUCUGUUUCAUUAAGUAAAUAUUAAGUACUUUUUGAUACCAGACAACGUGCUCGGGAUUUGUAUAAUAAAACUGGUUUUAGACAUAGUUUAGACAUGAUGUGUCUUCCUAUACUUGAGAGUCCUAAGCCCACUUGGUUGGUCGUCUGGGAUGUAUUGCUUUUGAAAAGCCUGCACUUUUUACUGUAGAGAUAAAAGAUCAAAAAGGGGACAGAAUUAGCUUUAUUAAGUGCUUUAUCAUCAUAACUGUGGUUAAUACAAUAAUACUAUGAGGUAAUAACAGUAAUGUUAAAAAUAACUAACUUUUUUUGAAUGCUUACUAUGUGCCAGGCACAGUUCUAUGUGCUUCACACUGAUUAACUCAUCUAAUCCUUAUGACAAUCCCAUGAGGGUAGAUAACAUCCUCAUUUUAGAUGGGAAGAAAUAGACACAGCUGACUCAGGCUAACACUAGAGUUGCCUCUAGUAGGUGUAAUUAUAUCACAUUUUAUAGAUGAGGAAACUGAUGAACCCAAGGUUACAUAACUGGUAAAUUACAGAGCCAGUAUUUACCAAUCUGAUUCCAAAGCCCAGACUAUCUGCAUGAUGUCAUAUUGACUCCAUUUACUUAUCAAGAGUUGAAGUUGACUGGAAUAUAUAGUAGCCAGCAACAGUACUGCUUUUUGUGAAUGUGUAAUUCAAGAGUGAGUGAUUAGAAGAUUCUUCAAAAGCUGAUGCAGUUGAUCUCUAAGCAGAGUUGAAUAGUGAAUAUUUUUGGUGGAUAUUGCCCACUGAUUCAAAGGAGUCACCCGUGUGGUUAGGUCUAAUAGUGAGUGAGGUACUAUCAACGCAGAAAUUGAAAGAUAGAGUUCCAGUUACCUAUUGCUGUGUAACAAACUUAAUUAAAAUUAAGUAAUUUUAAUUACUUAAAAUCAGCCAUUUCCUAUAUCAUGAUUUUGUGAAUCAGAAAAUCCAGGAAGGGCUUGUCUGGGCAAUUCUGCUCCCUGUGACAAUGAAUUAGGUCACCUGGUGGUAUUCAGCAGGUGGUUAGACAAGUCUGGAAGGAGUGUCCAAGAUGAUCUUACUUACAUACCUGACACUUUGGUGGGGAGACUGGAAGGAUGGGUUCAGCAGGGCUCCUCUUUCUCUCCAUGAAGUCUAAGGACUCUUCAUAUGUUCUCUUCAUCAAGGUAGUCAGACUUACUACAAGGACAGCUAAGGCCUCUGAAAGGCUGGGCAGAAGAAUCUAGUCAACUUAAAGGCCAGGCCUAGAACUAUUAUAUAGCCGCCACUGUAAUCUUGGUCAAAGAACGUAAUGGUAAGAUGACAGCAAGAAUGAGGGGGAAAAAAGAACUCAAUGGUCAGCCCAAAUUUAAGGAGAGAGGAAAUACCCUACCACUUUAUGGAAGGCAUGUCCAGGACUUGGGGCUAUUUUUAAUGUGUUAAUGUUUUUUUGUUUUGUUUUUUGUCUUGACUCUUUGAUGUUUAUUCGUCAGUUGUUUGUGCUGUAGAAACCAUUUAUUAUGUCUACCAUGGGUCACUAAAGGAGCUAGAAGGAGAAUGAGACAAAUAUCUGGAGCAUACUUCAUUUUUUGCCCUCUCCCUCCAAGUUUCAUUUAUAUUAUAGCAAAAUUUUCAUUUUGUACUGUGUUCCAAGUUGUGAACAUUUGCCUGUUUUUGCUCUGAAGCCACAGUAACUACAUGCGGAGCUGGAAAUACUCUAGAGGGAGUAAAAAGCUUACUUUUUUUUUUUUUUUUUUUUUAGGACAGAGUUUCACUCUGUCACCCAGGCUGGAGUGCAGUAGUGCAAUCACAGCUCACUGCAGCCUCAACCUCCUGGACUCAAGCAAUCCUCCCAUCUCAUCCUCCCAAGUAGCUGGGACUCCAGACGUGUGCCACUACACCUGGCUAAUUUUUGUGUAUUUUUAGAGACAGGAUCUCACCGUGUUGCCUGAGCUGGUCUUGAACUCCUGGACUCAAGAGAUCCACCUUCCUCGGCCUCCUGAAGUGCUGGGAUUACAGGCAUGAGCCAAUGUGCCAGGCCCCAAAAGCCUACUAUUAAAUAAUUUGAUUUAUUAGAGAUAUCAGUUGUAUUUUAAGUUUACAAGUAGGUGAAUACUCUUGUGGUAUGGAAACAUUGCAUGGCUACUGAAUCUCUUUCAACAGGAGUUUCUAUUGGGUGGCUACAUGGAUCAUAUUCUUGAGAUAGUGAAAAGUUUUACCUAAUUAUCUUAAUCCCAUCUCUACCUCUACACCUCCUCCAGCAUGAUUUUGUGCUAGAUGAUGAAUCAGUUCUUUUCAUUCUUGUUACUUUUCAUACAGGAAAAUUCAUCACCCAAUUGUAUAUGUUGUUAAUAUUUUAAAAUUAGCAGUUGUUACCAGCCUCUCUCAUUUAAAAUAACAGAUCAUUGAAGUUUUUUGAUUUUUGGUUAGAUGUGUCAGAUUCAGGAUGCCUUAUUUAAACUUGUGCUGUCUUACUAGACUGUUCCUGCUCUGAGAAGAAAUAUGGACAGAGGAUGAAUUUCACUGUCCAUAUUGAUGAACCCCAAAUCAAUACACUUCUUAAGAAAGGUUUGAGAUUAUCCAGUCCGUGUGCAAUGAAUUCUUGGAGCAUUAGCUGUGUGGGCUUCCUACUGAUCAUCUGCAGUUAUCAGAGUAAAGAGAUCUCUGUUCUAGGUCAGGCCUCAGCAAUUACAAAUACAGGAAAUAAAGGGGUACUCAAUGCUGAAGACUUAAUUUAGGGUACCUACAAAAUCCUGGGAAGGGAAAAAGAAGACCUUGGCAUUUGUAGUUGAAUAACCAGAGAUGGAAUGUUUGAGGCUUUUAGGCAUAAAGAUUUUUUUUUUUUUUUUUUUUUGAGACGGAGUCUCGCUCUGUCACCCAGGCUGGAGUGCAGUGGCGCAAUCUCAGCUCACUGCAAGCUUCGCCUCCCGGGUUCACGCCAUUCUCCUGCCUCAGCCUCUCCGAGUAGUUAGGACUACAGGCGCCCGCCACCACGCUCGGCUAAUUUUUUUUGUAUUUUUUAGUAGAGACGGGGUUUCACCGUGGUCUCGAUCUCCUGACCUCGUGAUCCGCCCGCCUCGGCCUCCCAAAGUGCUGGGAUUACAAGCGUGAGCCACCGCGCCCGGCCAGGCAUAAAGGUUAAUUAGAUUUUAUCAUAUGAAGAUUAGGGCAAAUUAUUUUAUUUUUUUCCGGUUCAUUCUUAACAUGUUAAGGGGCAAAUUUUAAUGAAUAAAAAUUUAAAGGCCCUAAAACUUUCUUUUGGAUUCACGUUUCCACUCUGGUAUAAUCCACUCUGGUGUAGUCUGCCCUUUAUGACAGAGAAAGCCUUUGAAAAUAUUGUCCCAGGGAGUGAAAAAUCUUAUGAUGAUCUAUGGAAAUGUCUCUCAUUCUCUAUUAUAGCCCUUUGGGCCCUCCUAUAGAUUCUCUGUGAAUCUAAGUUUGAAAUCAUUUGGUGUUUGCAUGAAAAAUAAUUCUUACUAUUCAUUUAAGUAAUUCUUAAAUGUGGUCUUAAAUUGCAAGAGAGAACAAAGCCAGAAAAAAGGGAACCUUGUAGAUUGACCAAAUAUUUAUUCUUUAUUUUCAGCAUCACAAAUCUAAACCAUUUCAAGCUAAUACAACAACCUGAGUGAGUAGAAAUUCCUUAAGGUUUAGAUUUCUGCUUUUAGUCGCAUCUUGAAGCAGAUGUUUAUGACGUAUUUGAGGAUGAUCCACUGAGUUUCCUAUAAAGUAGUAGAAUCCUAACUAUAGUGGUUCUUUAAGAACCACUGAAAAAACAGAAUUGCAGUGCAGGGAACAAAGCUUAAAAUGUGUUUCCUCUGGAAGCCAAGAUGCUAAAAAAGGGGUCACUAAAAGUGUGACUGAAGUCCAUCUCUAGAAUAGCUAUCAGUUAGAUAGCAGAAAUAUUUAGAAUGUAUAUGGCAUUUCUGAUAUUUUUACAAAAAUUUAAAUCAUGUAACUUGAAUUUUUUUUAAAAAGUCUGUUUUCUUUUUGGAAAACUGACACAAUAAAAAUAACACUAAUAUAAUUCCAUUGUAUAUGCAUGUGCAUUGAACCCAGAGUGGGUAUACUAAAGAUAGUUCAUGCAAAUAACUUAUGGGAAGUUUGGCUAUUUUUUCAUAAAUGUAUGUUUAUAAAUAUAUUUAGUCAUCUACUGUGACCUUGGUAGCACAGAAGCAUUUUGUUAGCUGUAUCAUUAAUUCUAAAAAUCAAAUUCUUGGCAUAGUAGGCUAAGAGCUUUUUGUUACUUUGUAUUUUGGCUAAGAAAAUUAUUUCUUGCACUUUCUAUUUAUAAAGAUGUUAUAACACAAUGCACCCACUUAAUGCAGCUUUUCUUUAGAGAAAAAAGAUGUAGGUGUAAAAGUGAAAUGUAUGUUUUAAAACCUGGCAAAAGGAGGGACCUCAAAAAAAUAAAUUUGGCUUGCCGUCUACCUGAGUAGGGUUGGAGAUUAAUAUAAAACUUAUGUUGAAAGUAGCUGUUGGGAUAGGUAUACUGUUGCUGUGAAUUGCAAUAUUGCUGUGAGUUGCCAGCUAUGUGUGUGUAAGUUUAUGUGUGUAUGUGAGAAAAAGGUAUUUCAUGAAGGCAUAAAAGUCAGUGUAGAAUAUCCUACCUCCCAUUAGAGACUGAGCAUAUUCAAGAUUGCUCUGUAGUCCCUUGGGCAGGAAGCUGGAUUCCUCAGCCACUGUCUACCCCAUUCUUCUCUAUACUCACUUCAGCUUCUCUACCUCUGAGCACUUGGCUGAAAAAGAGUAUAGCUUUCUGUAGCAAGCAAAGGAAAGCCAGACCCGAAAUACAGAGGCUGCAGUAUCUGAAAUUCUUACCAUGUUCAGAUAUUAAUAUUUGAUUUUGUUGCCCAAAUCAAACAAUGUCAGAACACUUGAGUUUAGUGCUUUUUUUUUUCUCUCUCUUCCACAAACUUCUCCCAGUUUACUGCUUUUAUCCACUGGCUUCUGUUUGGCAUGAGUAGCCAGUGGAGGUCAAGUCUGUUUUUAAAGACUAAAACACCUAAUUCCUUUUAAUGAUGUGUAACAUUUGUUUGAAUCCUCAACUUCUUUUUUUUUUUUUGGGUAAAGAUGGAGUCUCCCUAUGUUGCCCAGUCUCCUCUUAAACGUCUAGGUUUGGCUGGAUGCGGUGGCUCGCACCUGUAAUCCCAGCACUUUGGGAAGCCGAGGCAGGCGGAUCACCUGAUGUCAGGAGUUCGAGACCAGCCUGGCCAACAUUGUGAAACCCUGUCUCUACUAAAAAUACAAAAAAUUAGCUGGGUGUGGUGGUGGCAUCUGUAAUCCCAGCUACUCGGGAGGCUGAGGCAGGAGAAUCGCUUGAACUUGGGAGGUGGGGGUUGCAGUGAGCCGAGAUCGCACCAUUGCACUCCAGCCUGAGCAACAAGAGCGAGACUCCGUCUCAAAAAAAAAAAAAAAAAAUUCUGGGCUCAAGCGAUCCUACCACCUCAGCCUCCCCAAAGUGAUGGGAUUACAGGCGCCAGUCACCACACCUGGCCCGUGAUGGAUUUUCAGAUGACCUCUUUUACUUUUAAUCUCUCCAAAGAGAUAUUCUUGUUUUUAAUGUCAGUAUUGUUAUAAUAGUCAUGAUGUCCUCACCUGAAUGUUGUAGGUGUCAGAAAGUUGUUUCAAUAGUAAUAUGCCACUGGGCAGACCACCUAAUCUUUAAAUCCAGUUGUAGCACUCAAUUUAUUUUCUGUUUGGGGCACUAGUGCACUGAGCCAAGUCAACUUGCCCACUUUUCUAAUAUUUCUUACAGCUAAGGAGGAACUGUUGGUCCUUUGAUAUCCCAGAAUGCUUUCUACCUUGUGGAAAUGCUUUUCACCCUAAUACACUGAUUAUAUUGUCUAAAUGUCUAAACAGGGAUUCUCUGUUUACAAGUGAAAUGAGAGAGUGAUCCAUUUUCAGAUUUUUAGAGAUUGGCUCCCGUAUUUUAGGUACUAGCUGAUAAGUAUUUAGUUUCCUGGUGACUUUGGAUACGGCAAGUGGAGAUAUAGAGAAUGUGAAAUUCCAAAUAAUAAGACAAGCAUUACUCACAAAUGACAACUGAUAUAGUAAUUUCUGUCCAAAUGCAGUAAAAAUCUUGUAGGGAGAUGAAGUGGUAAAAUUAAAUUAUAUGAAUCUUUUUACCACUACUAUUUAUUUUUUUUCCUACCUGUAGCAUAGUUCUCUGCCUAUAAACCAUGCUAAUAUCCUAGACCCAGGAAUUAAUUCUUGCUUAGGAAAAUUUUUCCUUCUGGCUUAUCUUUUGUUUGUGCCCAGAGUUUUGUCCUAGGCCUGUCCCCUGAUCUUUUGCUGUAACACAUACUUAAGGUGCAGCCUUCUUACCUAAAUCAGUACUUUACUAUUGGUGUUGCUGCCUAUUACAGCCAGUUAUUUAUUUAAAAAGAAAGUGAAAAAAUGCCUAGGUGGUUUGAUUGCAGCAUGCUAAAUCCAUAAAUCUGGACAGAAGCCAUGGAGUCUUACCUUUUCUCUCUCUAGCUUGGAUGAACACCGGCCUUAUGCUUUCUAUUACAGGACUAGUUGACCCAGUUCUUCAUAUUGGUUGCACAUUAGAAUUGCAUAGGACCCCCCUCUAGACAUUUACAUUUUGUUGGUCUGUUGUGCAACCUGGGCUUUAGGUGAUUCUAAUGUGCAGCCAAGGUUGAGAAUCACUCCCUAUGUAAUCCCUAGUGGUCAUUGGCAGGAUAACCUCAAUCCAGUUCUCUUUGACCUGAAAAUAUCUUUAUUGAUAUUCCAUGCAUGGCUCUCAAUUCAAAGUGUACAGUGGAUCAAGGCUUAGGUAGUAAAAUGGAUCAUCCAUUGGUCCUCAGAAUAAUUCUGGAGGGAGAUACUGUCAUCCAUCCAGUUUCCUCUCUAUACCAAAUACAAAGUACACAUAAAUAAGCAAAAAAAUUUUCGAAGUUCCUUCUCUAGAAUCCUCUUUCCUUUGCAUAUGUAAUUUCAGUGGAGAUUUCUCAACUAGCUGAAAUGGAGCACUUGAAUACAUUAAAAGAGCCCAAACUGCUUACAGCAAUUUCUAUUUGUAAAAUAAACAGGUGGUAUUGUUAAUGGAGAAAAGGAAGGAUCCUGCCUGUGGUGAUGGCAAUAUGUUUAUUUGUCUCUUAGCCUGUCUUCUAAGUGGGAUUUCAGUGUCAGUUAACUUUCACUUUUCUUGGAUUGUUUUUUUGUGAAUGAAAUGAACUAGCUGAGGCUUAAGUAUUUCUGAAUAAUAUAUGAAAUGUGAAAUGAGUCAUUUUAGGAUCUUUCUUCUGGGAUGUCAAAGACCUAAUCAAGUAACUGCCAAAUGAGGUUCCAGAUUCAUUUUUCUCAUCCCAGGUAGUAAAGGUGUUUUAAUGGGUUUGUUACUUGCCCGUGGCAACCUCACACAGAGGGGAGAACUGUUUUAUUACCCUAAAAUAGUGAGAACCACUGUUCAAACUAACUAGCUACCAAGUGACUUCUAACUCAUGAAGAAAAUUUGUAUUUAAGAGCAAGUUCAAAUGUAGCAGUCUCUCUUCUGAGAGUAUUCUGGAUGCCACGGAAAGUUUCAUUUAUAUAUUGCGUACAAGUAAUUGGUAAUUUGAACUUCAGUAGGUGAUGUGUGCAAGGAGAAAAAGUAGGUCAAGGAGAAAGUUGGUUAGUGCAGAGGACUGAAUUAGCAUCAGUCUGUGAAAUUUCAUUAAAGUAGCACUAAGGCCUGGCUGUUUGCUUAGCAUGUAAAUGCUGCAGUGUCUGAGAAAAUGCCUCCUAUGCCUUAGAAAAUUUGCUGAAGGCUUCCUGUUACUGGUGGACUAGAAAAGCAAUAGCCUUUGAGACUCCAAAGAGAGUAGCCCCCUUAGGGUUUUCAUACUGAAGAACCUUGUGGAGUACUGUGAAACAUUGUUGAACUUUAUGCAAACUAUACUGCACUGGAUUUUAAGAUUUUAUGGGGGGAGAGUAGAGCAGAGUGGGGAAGUAAUGAUAAAAGAUAAAUACGUAAACUUGUACUAUAUUUUAAGCAAGGAAUGAAACAAAUUCUCUAACAGGAAUUCUCUGUCAGCACUGUGAAGUUUGGUCAAGUUCUGCCUAAUGGGUUGGCUUGCUGAUUCCUCUUAAACCUCUAGGAAAUCCUUUCUAAAACAGCAAAACAAAUGUUAGUUUGAGUACUGUUUCACCACCCUGCUCCAUCCCCCUACUCUCAACAAAAGAAAAGCAUUCCCAAACUAUAGGCAAAAGAAAUAGGUUCUCAGUCCAUUAAUUUUUCAUCUGCUAUGAUCUCAGCUCACAGUUUUAGCACAUUGCAUUAUUUUGUGAUCUGAUAGCAGAAUAUCAGGAACUAAUGGCUUCCUUCCCUUUAAGAAACCUUAAAGUUAGAACUGUUUUGGUUUUUUUUUUUUUUUUUUUUUUUUUGAGACAGGAUCUUGAUCUGUCACUCAGGCUGGAGUGCAGUGGUGCAAUUAUAGCUCACUGCAGCCUCCACCUCCUGGACUCUAUCCUCCUGCCUCAGCCUCCCAAGUAGCUGGAACUACAGGCAUGUGCCACCACACCCAGCUAAAUUUUCUAUUUUCUUUUAGAGACAGAGUCUCACUAUGUUGCCCAGGCUGGUCUCAAACUCCUGGGCUCAAGCGAUCCUCCCACCUAGGACUCCCAAAGUUACAGGCAUGAGCCACUGUGCUUGGCCUAGAACUCUGUUUUUGGCAUUUCUUUCUAAAUGAGUACAUUGAAAGAACAUUUAGGUUUCUAGGCUCCUCAUAAUUUCUGAAUGGGACCCGCUCUGCUCUGCCUCUGAAAGGAGAAGAAAGGCUGAGGGCUCAAAGACAGAAAAGUCAAUGUAGCAGAAAUUUGAUUUCCUUCAGAUGGACAUAGUCUGAAAGAAAUCUAUCCAGCUGUUCUCUAUGGUGCUUAUAUGAUGGGUGACAGCUGUCCCCAUCUACCUGUCCCUGGCACUGUGCCUUCACACUGGUCACUGUGAAAAGCAGAUCACACUGGACUCAGAGGCCAGAAUCCAGGACAAGAUCCCCCUUCUCAUCUUGAGCCCAUCACAUCUUUGUAUAGCUGUUAAUGUAGCAUUUACUUCUCUAUGGGAAACUCUUGGGUUUUUAACCCAAGAAGAAAUUGUAAAGCGUUUAAACUAGUCAGAAAAUAAGAUUCUGAUGGUAGCGAUCAAAUAAAGAGAUCAUAGGAAAAUUUCACUUCCUCUCAGUUGAUAUUGAUUAAUAGCAAGGAUCAACUACGCCCACCUCUUCCUAAGUUUCUAAAGGCUACCAUAAUAUUUGUAAACAACAAAUUUAUCUAAUAUUUUUUACAACUUGCUAAUCAAGGAGGAUUCGUAUUAAAACAGACAAUCAGUUUCUAAAAUGUUAUCCCUGAAAGGGAAUGGAAUAGAGUAUUUUUAGCUGUAAGAACCUACCAGUCUGUUUUUUCCCUUUGAAAAAAACUAAUGUUUGAGAUUUGUGUCUUUUUAUCUGAAGCAGUUACUCCAUUAAUAGUAAAGAUGCCUCGGGAAAGUCAGUGAACCAGAAUAGUGCUCUUGCACCACUGAGGGUGCUAGACUGGCUUUGUGCAUCUUAUUUCCUAAGAAUAUCAGUUUUUAUUAUGACCUUAAUUAUAAAUACCUAUAUAUAGGAGUAGGAUUUUCUCUCACCCAACCCUACUUUAAUCAUUAUCACUUAAGUGUAAACCACCACCUCCCCCUCUUUCCCUUUACUGAAAAAAAAUGCACUUUAAUUCCUAAGGAGAGUGGCUGUUCCUGGCCCUGAAACCAGAUUACUUCAGGAGGAGAGUUAAGGAGGGAGAACUCUUACCAGACCCUGUGAAAUGAACCAAAUUUCUUAAUGUAAACACACAAGUAAUAACAUCCACUUUUAAGUGGCCCCCACUCCAUGCCAAAGGGAAAAAGAACCACCAAAUUGAAAAAGGGUUCUAAAUACCUGUCCUGAUUUUGGAAGUUUCACUGGGGAAAAACUACCUAAGAUUAUUUUCACAGCUACCAAUUUGUCAGAAAUUUUGGUGGUGUUUUGUGGGAGGCUGAGAUUUUUUAAAUUAAAAAUCAAGUGAAAACACAAAGACUUUAAGAUAUGAUCCUGAUUUGUGUCAUUUCUAAGUAUCAGAUUUGUUCUCCCUUCAUUUGACAGGUGUUCUCAGUCUCUCCUCCUGUAAGAUUCUGUCCUUCCCCUGAAGACAAGCCAAUAGUUCUUGGUGGGGUUGCAUGUCUCCUAGAGCCCCAGGACCCCUGUCAUGUCGGGGAAGGUGGGAGGGCAGGAGGGUGGGCAGAGACUCGGGUUGGGGGAGGGAGAUUCAAAGAAAGAGUGAAAAUAUGGGUUUAUAUAAACAUAUUUAAAGCAGUUUAGCAAAAGCUUUCUCGUUGAACAGCUUUAAGAACAAUGUGAAUGAAAUCUUAGCAACUUGGUUAGUAAUCUGAGAAGUCUAUUAAUGUAUACUUGAAAUUCUGUUUGUAUAAAAAUGCAUUUUCCCCUUUAUUUUAACACUGUGUAAAAGAACAUUAUGCAUGUGAGUGGUUUGAGAAUUAAAUGGUUUAAUACUCA